AUGGCGAUGCAUCGCUCAAGACCAGUCAGUUCAUUACAGCGCUGCGCAACAUCACAGCCGCCAGCCCGCAAUCGCAGCAUCGCAUCUUCGUCUCACGCCUCUGCGUCCAGAUCUUCAUCGAGCUCCCCUCCCACCUUCCCGCCCCAUUCUCGCGCAUUUCCGCAGCGAGAUCAACCCACGGGUACACCUCACCUGGGCAACCUACUUGGCGCCCUCUUCAACUGGAAGCGUCUCCUCGAGCAAGCUCCCUCCACCUCCUUCACAGCAGCGAAGCGUCACUUCUUCAGCAUCGUCGGCCUCCACGCCCUCACAGUCCCACAGGAUCCCGAUCGGCUCCGGCAGGAGCGCAGUGAUAUGCUCGCAGCCCUCCUUGCCGUGGGCAUCGACCCCUCGCGCUGCGUUCUCUUCCACCAAGAGUCGGUACCAGAGCACGCCGAGCUAAUGUGGCUUCUGGGCAGUCUGACCAGUGUGGGACGCCUAAAGAGGAUGACCACUUGGAAGGGCAAGGUGGCUGCGCUCAACGAGGGCAGCUCGAAAGACGAAGGAGCAGACCUGGGCGAAGAGGCUCACCUUCCCUUUGGCCUCUUCGCCUACCCCGUCCUCCAAGCAGCCGACAUACUACUCUACGGUGCAACUCACGUCCCCGUCGGGCAAGACCAGGCGCAACACCUCGAAUUGGCACGCGAGCUCGCUCAGACGUGGAACCGACGCUUCUCUCCUACUAGACUCGACUUCUCUCUGCGGGUCCCGCAGACCCUCUUCACCCCUACGAUGGCGCGCGUGCUUUCCCUGCGCGACCCGACGGUCAAGAUGAGCAAGUCGAGCCCUGAUGCAGGAGGGAGGAUCUUGCUCGAUGAUGGGCCGAAGGAGGUGGAGAAGAAGGUGAAGCGGGCAGUCACGGAUGAUGAGAGGUCAAUGAGCUUCGAAGUGGAGCGAAGGCCGGGAGUCGCGAAUCUGCUGGGGAUCAUUGCCGCAUUGGAGUCGCUGAGAGCGGGGAGCGAGGUGAGGCCAGAGAGCGUGGCGGACAGGCUCAACACCCAGCAUGCUUCGGGUGAGCCAGGGGCAAAGAUGCUCAAAGACCUCGCAGGAGCCACAAUCGUGGAGACGCUAGAGCCUAUCAGGCAGCAGUACGAGCGGUUGAGACAAGACCGAGGGUACCUGGCUGAGGUAGCGAGUAGGGGGAGGGACGAGGCAAGGGAAGUCGCGAGUAAGACGAUGCUGAAGGUCAGGGCGGCGAUGGGCAUCGGCGAGUAG